AUGGGUAUGCGAGACCCCCUCCUUGAGGCCAUGGCCGAAGUAAAGGUCAACGGUAACCAGCUACGGAAACAAGCAGCCAAGGCCGAAGCUUCUGCCCGCGCACAGGAAGACAAGGCUAUCAAAGCCAUGAAGAAAGGACAAUUCCAAAUCUCCCGCAUCCACGCCAGCUCAGCAAUCCGCGAAAAACGCCGGUCCGUUACCCUGCUUUCAAAAUCAGCAGAGGCAGACGUGAUAUACAGCGAUCUCUCCGCCGCCAAAAGUACCCGCGACUCUACACGAUCCCUCAUGAAAGCAUCCAAGGCACUUGACUCAGCAUCAAGGAGCAUAAACCUUGAACGCACACUCGCUGUUGCCAAUCAGUUCGUCUCCCGGUCAGAAGACUUUAAACUGGCUGGGUCUGCCCUGGAGGGAGUUUCCAAGGAUGUCCAGAUGCAAGAGUAUGGCGCUGAGGGAGAUGAAGAUGUCGACCGUCUCAUGGAGCGACUGGCGGAUAGUGCUGGGGUCGAUUUACGUCAGGGCUUGGAGGAGAAUGCCGCUCCACGCGAAGAGCUUACUGUGGCCAACAAACAGAAAGAGGCGGAGUUUGAAGACGGCCUGGCGGGCAGACUGAGGGCAUUGAGAGGAUGA